AUGCGGAUGUAUAAAACACUAAAAGAGAAUCAGAGUCGAUUGUCUAGUGCAACGAUAGCUAGACAUCAAACUGCAUUGAAGAGUUUGAUUAUGCAGUUCAUGACCACUCCGAUUUCCUUCUUCCCAGCGUUUGUUGUUCUUCUCACCGUAUUAAUCCCAACAGAAUAUUCGCAAAAAAUUUCUUGGUGGUCUCUUAUGGUUGGUACUACUCAUUCCUUUUUUAACUCUAUUGUUGUUAUCAUAACUUAUGCGGAAUUUCGAAAAGCAUUUCUUUUCUGUAAACGGAAUACUAAAAAGUCAGUUAUCGCUGAUGCUGGACAACGUUACAUUGAACAAUUUCAGGAUGUCGUUUCUGGUUACACUUGUGAAGCUUUCCGGAGUUUAAGGAGGAUCGCCUGGAGUAACGAACUAAAUGAAAAAAGAUAA